CAGCCACAAUCAGUAGCAUAACUUAAUUGUAUAGAUUGAAAUUAUGUCGAAAUCAGAGGAGUUCACAUUUAGGCGUGCUCAAGCUGAAGAUAUUAAAGAUGUGCUUUCCAUGAUUCAGGAACUGGCGGAUUUUGAGAAAAUGAGCAAUGGACCCCAGCUUACCGAAGAGGACCUUAAAAGAGAUGCUGGACUAACUGGAGGCCAGGAAUAUUGUGAAGUCUACGUGCUUAUAGACAAUGCCACAAGCCAGGCGAUUGGCUACUCCAUUUGCUACAAGGCCUACUCCACGUGGCAGGGUCGCUACUUUUUCGUCGAGGACAUCUAUGUGCGUCCAGAGCACAGAAAACGCGGCGCCGGCAAGCGAAUCUUCCUGGAAGUUUCCGCCCGUGCGGUGGAGCUUCAAUGCCCGCGGCUUGAAUUCAAUGUGCUGGAGUGGAACCCCGCCCGAAAGUUCUACGAAAGUCUUGGAGCUGUGGACUUGACAGCCAAAGAGGGGUGGCACUACUACCGCGUUGAGGAACAGCAGCUGUCCAAAUUGGCCAAGGAUCUAUCUGCUUACAAAUCUUGA